CCCGGGCUCCUGCGUGACGUCACUUCCGCCCUCCACUCAAUCUGUGUUUACAUACUAAGCAAGCUGUGAGAGAGCGCCCCCCAUCACACAGGAGGGGACCCCGAGACUACAGGACAGGACCCCGAGCCCAGCCUGCAGCUAUGAAGGGAACAACUACUGAAAUGUUGGAAGAUGAAACUACAGGGACAGAUGAAGAAGAGGUCCCAACCCCCACUGAGGAACCUGCAGAUUCUCUGAAGGACCACCCAGACCCCCCUGUUGGUGUCAUCUGGAGAGUCACAGGAGGACUAUUCAGCAUAACAAGAGGAGCUGUCGGGGCCACUCUCGGAGGUGUAGCUUGGGUGGGAAGCAGGAGCUUAGAGCUGACAAAGACCGCUGUUACCAGUGUGCCGGCUGCUGGUUUAGGACUGGUUAAAGGAGGAGUUUCUGUAGUGACUGGUGGAGUUGGAGCUGUCGGAUCUGCUGUUGCCAGCAAAGUGUCCUUUGUCCCCAAGAAAAAGGACAAGUUUGAUUAAUUGCAUUACUUCCUUUUCCUUGUCUUCUCUAAUAAAUCACAUCAGGAAGAACGUUCCUCCUUGUACAGGUCCCAGUUGUCAGCGGUUGAUCACCUGUAGUAUGUCAUGACUACCUGAAGGACUGCUUCACAACCUACUCAAAGUAAAUCUAUUGUAGAAGCAAAAUAGAUGCCCCUACAGAAGCAAUAUCAAGUCAAUGGUGGACAUUUUAGGUUAGAGUGUAAUUUUAUUAGAACAAAGCAUUGUGUUGCCAUAUCAGUCCUUGGCAAUUUCCAAUCUCCAACCAAUUAAUGAUGACUGUGUGGUGUUUUUUUGGCUGGGAUAAUGGGUAGGCACUAGAGGCAGAUGCCUAAGGCACAAUGGCUUUCCCUACCAGUAUAUUUAUGUCUGUGUUCAUCUACAAGAUCUUUCAAUUUGUUAUGUCACUAUAAGAGAGGACUCAACCUAUACAAUAGAUGGUUAUGGUCAAUAAACAUAAAUACUGUGACUUAUACUAUUA